CCAGUCGACAUUGCCCAAAUUAAGUUGGAAGUUGACUCUUAAAUCUUAUGUCGUUUAAUCGUUUAAUACAUAAUCUGCACGAACAGCGAGCUAGCAACGGCAACGUGACAAAAAGCUUCUGCUCAAUUCUGCUGUGCGUUUGGCCCGCGAACUAUGUAGAACAACAGCAGCAAAAAACAACAGAAAGCCAUUCCGGCUGUUUGAGACCACCCUAAGAGGUGAUUAUAAAGUGACAGUGUAGCUAAGGUGUUUAAAAAAAAACAUGACGCUGUUUCUUUUUGACAUUAUUGGUAUCUUGUUUAAAUUGUUUUGCUAAAGAUGGUUAAAUAUAUUUUAUUCUCCGAUCCUCUACGUCAGGAAGAAAUAGAUACAUUUUACACGGCUAGUCAAAUGCAACGUGAUUAUUACAGAGGCUACCCGCGAUGCUAUCAUCCGCUGCAAUACUUCAAAGAACCUGAAUAUAUGUGGCAAUGCGCUCCAGAGAUGUCUCAUGUGUACCUUAGUUUCCCGCCUUACCACGUGAGGUACAAGCAACCUGUAAUAUUGCCGCCUACAACAGAAGGUACAUUAGAGAUACCUACACUUCCUGGUAGAUCGUUGGCGGGACGAUACAAUAAGGCGGCAUGUAAAGCCUUUAUGAGAUGAGCCAUGUAAAUAUUGGAAGAAAUAAAAAUAAAAUUAUGCCAAGACUCAAUAAAUGUGCUACGAAG